GGAACCAACCCCCCCUCCCCCGCCGCCUUUCCUCUGUCCCUCCUUCUCGGGCCACCCAGCCCCGCCAGCCUCUGGGCGGCCGCUGGUAGAACCAACAGCAGGUGCUCCAGGUGUUGCGACGGGACCGGUGGCUCUGCCGUGCCAUGAAGAAAAAUGGCGUCGUCAACCCGGCUUUCGAGCCUCCCAGCCCAACGACGCACGGAGCCGAGCGGAGACCCUCGGCCGGCCCCCGAGAAGUCCCCACCUCGCCCACCUUCGACGAGAGCGAGGGGCAAUGCGGGUGGGGCUGGUUCGUGCCCGCUGCCCUGCAGUGCUGCAACAGCGCCAAGGGCUUCUUGUGCUUCUACAGCCUCCUCUCCGUCUUCCAAGGUAUUGUGGUAAAUGGAUUAGUAAAUGUGAGCAUUUCUACAAUUGAGAAGCGAUAUGAACUGAGAAGCACCCUCACUGGUGUAAUCUCUACUGGCUAUGACAUCUCAUUCUGUGUCUUAUGCCUUUUCGUGUCUUUCUUCGGUGAAAGAGGGCACAAACCAAGAUGGCUGGCUUUGGCAUCUUUCCUGAUAGGAUUAGGAUCACUUGUAUUUUCUUUUCCACAUUUUUUUAGUGGGAAGUAUACAUAUGGAGAGAAAUUAGAUGAAACCUGCCCAGCACCUCUUAAUGAAGGCCUUAAUGCCACAUGCACUACUGGCUCCAGAUCUUCACUCUCCAACUACUUCUAUGUUUUUCUGCUGGGACAGCUGUUAAUGGGAGCAGGUGGAACUCCGCUUUACACUCUGGGAACAGCCUUUAUUGAUGAUAGUGUCCCCAAACACACAGCUUCAGUUUAUAUAGGAAUUGGUUAUUCCAUGGCAUUAUUGGGUCCUGCUAUUGGCUAUGUGUUAGGAGGGCAGUUGCUUAAUAUCUAUGUUGAUUUCAAUCAUCAUAUAAGUUUAUACAUCGAUCCAGAAGAUCCACGUUGGGUUGGAGCCUGGUGGAUAUCAUUUGUUGUAUGCUGUUUCUGUGUUUGGCUUUUGAUAGUACCAUUUUCAUAUUUUCCAAAACAUCUGCCAGGUACAAGCAAAAUAAAAGCUGAAAAGAUUUCUGAAGCACAUCACAGUGGAAGUGACAGGAAUAAGGAAUACGGGGAUCUUGGGAAGAGCAUGAAAGACUUUCCAAUGACUCUCUGGAGGCUGCUGAGAAAUCCUGUAUUGAUGUGUCUUGUAAUUGGUUCUGCGCUGGAAUCUUCAGUUGCCACUAGCUUUGCCACAUUCUUGCCCAAAUUUAUAGAACAGCAGUUUGGAUAUACACCUAGUUAUUCAGCUACCUUAGCAGGACUUGUAUUAAUCCCAGGAGCAGCAAUUGGCCAAAUUAUAAGUGGUGUUAUAGUUUCCAGGUUCAAACUGAGUUGCAAAAACAUAAUCAAGUUUAUUAUUGCUACUUGUACAGUGGCAUUUGUACUAAAUAUGGUGUUUCUGUUUGCCAACUGUGGGAAUGAACCCUUUGCAGGUGUAUCUGAAACAUAUAAUGGGACAGGCACAUUUUCAAACUUGAUUGCACCAUGUAAUGCUGAUUGCAAAUGCAUGCGGUCAUACUAUUCACCAGUCUGUGGCACUGAUGAAGUCCAGUAUUUUUCUCCAUGUUUUGCAGGAUGUAGGGGAUCAGUGGUCAAACUGCCCCACAGAAAUGUAAAGGCAUACAGCAACUGUUCCUGCAUUGUGAAUGAAAAAAUACAGAUUGCCAAUCUCACUCAGGGAGCCACUGUUGGGAAAUGUCCAUCCAAGUGUUCAGCCCUACCUGUAUUCCUUGGUGUCUUCUUUUUUGCUGUUGUUUCUACUUUUAUGGCAGUUACACCAACCACUGUGGCCAUUUUCAGGUGUGUACCAGAAAGGCAUCGUGCAUUUGCUAUGGGUGUUCAAAUGCUGUUUGUACGAAUUUUAGGUACUAUUCCUGGACCAAUCUUGUAUGGUGUUGCAAUAGACUAUACAUGUACUUUGUGGUCAAUAGAUAAAUGUGGAGAUAGAGGAUCUUGCUGGAUCUAUAACAACAGAAUGAUGGCCUAUAUGUUAGUUGGUUUAAGUGCAACUGCCAAAGUAAUUUCCAUUUUAUUUAAUGUUGCAGCAUUUUUCUUAUAUAAUCCUCCACCAACUCAAAGUGCAGAGAAGAUUGCAACUUCAGAGAAGAAAGAUGAGACAGAAACUUCUGUAUAUUUGUAAUAUGAUGGACAAUUAGCUAACACUUUCAGAGAAACUUGUAGUACUCAAGGGGUGGCUUUAAAAAAUCUUGUCAUAAUAUCUGGCAUUGCAGCUGUACUCAAUGAGUAUGAAUGAUACCAGCACUAGAGCACUUCUUAAGCACCCAGUUAAUGUUUUUAAUGCAAAAAUACAGCUGGUUUAUUUCAGGCAUGUGAAACCAGUUUUCAUCAGGCAAAAUUACAUGGAACAUUGCAGAAUGUGAACUAGUCCUUUUUUAACCUCUCUGAUCACCUGGUCAAGCAUAGACUGAGCUGAGGAGCCUCAUUUAAUUCUGUUUCUGGUUCUGGCUCUCGGUGGCGCCCUAUGCAGUUGGCCGUAGGAGUGCAUGGGCCACCAACAAGCUCAUGACACUGUGGGGAACACAUGAAGGCACUUAUUGUGAAAUGACUACUUAUGGUUACUGCUAUUGCGAAAAUCACGACAGCCACAUAUACAGACUCCAUGGAGAAGCAUUGAUUCAUGCUGUUAGUGGCUCCAUGUGAUUAGAUGGAGUCACAAUUCCACUAGCCGCCCACGUGCUCCGGAAUGUUUAAACUGGAUUUGUCAAUGGACUUCAAUGAUCUGGAGGGGAUUAGCUACUUAAGGAGGUUGUGCAUACUACCUCUUGGGGACAGGGAGGGAUGGGGCAGGUGGCGGGGAGGCAGGAUUACUCUUGCCUUCCCCCACAUGAUCCAGCUUUAAGCCCUGCUUGCCACACUCAGACAAGUGACAAUGCAGCGAGCAGUGUAGCAGCACAGAGGAAGGAUGCCUGGCCUCUGGAUAUCCCACAAUGCACCAUGUGACGAGCAUGGUGCAUUGGAGGAUUCCCCCCUGAGUCAGGCGCUCUAGGAGCCCAACUCUAUGUGCUCAGCCUGUCUGAUCCCAGCGCUUCACACAGGCAAACCCAGGCAUGACUGCUUGUGUGAACAGCCUCAAGGAUUAAUUUCACUUGUUUAAGAUUCUCACAUUUUCUAUGAAUUAGCAAAAUAUGCAACAGUAGCUAGCAAACCAUAAGCUCAAAGUACUGUAAGUUCUGAACUCUGUUUCUCAAACAAUAAAUACAGCUUAAUGUUUACAUAACUCACAGGUUGACCUGACUGAGUUUUUAGUUUAUAAAUUAUUCAUAUUUUCAUCUCCUCCUUUUUGCCUUGAUUUUGAGCUAAUUGGCCACUUGCAUUCACAUGUCAAUCUCAGCAUCCACCAGACUGCAGAUUCUCCGUAAUAUGAACAUACUAAGUAUAAGCACCACAGAAUUGAGACUUGUAGGCUUCAAAUGAAACAUGUUCAUAAAAACUAGGAUAGUUGCAGGCUUGACUUCUACCUUUCCUCUAUCUCCCUACUGUUUCUUUUAAAAGUGAGAUGGGACAACUUACAGCAUAUUUACAAAGCACCUUGUUGUGCAAAAAAUGUCACAAACAGUGUUAUCUGAGUUAGCAGAGAGAUUGGUGUGCUUAGAGGGGGUUGCUUGCCUGCUCUUACAAGUAUAUCAGAAAGUUAUUAAUUUUCUGAUCUGGGGGAUUCUCAGCAGUAGAAGGGUGCUGAGUGAAUGGCUGGCAAGAUAAAAAUAACUCCAAGUAGUCCCACUGAAAAUAAAAGGACAGUUUAGGCAUAACUUGCCCUUUUGAUUACAAAGGGACUACUCUGAGUAAUCCCUACAUCAUGCCAGCCUAAGAUCAUCAUACAGAAAGUGUGCAUGAGCUAGGAUAUAGGACACACAGACUAAGCUCAUGGAUAAGCAUAUGUUCCUGCUCCUUCUUUACAAGCUCAUUCAGUUCAAAAGUUUUGCUGUUUGGAUAUAACAUUUUGAUGGCUUAAAAGCAAACAAUUUAUAAAUGAAUCAUAACCUCUUCUCUCAAUGUUCAGUGCAAACUAAAUAACAUUACUGUAUGUGCCUUUAUACUGCAAAGACAUCCACAGGGUAAAAAAACAGUGUCCUCAAUGUCCAUGGUUUAUAUUUGUAUGUUGGAUUAUUAUACUAAAACACAUAAGCUGUUGACAAUUUUAGAAAUGUUACAAAAUAUAAUGAAAUGGUAAAAUUUUUUUGUCAUUUUAUGCAAGUAAUUGUAUUAAUGAUGUGUAAGAACUUCUGUGAAACAAAAUGCCUUAAAGAUUUUGACCACAAUCCAAAAAGCCCAUGCAUGCACAUGCAUGUAGUUUAAAAGGUGAUUUGUUUAUCUGCAUAACAGCCCUUUUCAGCACAUUGUAGUUUGCUUUUGAAGUUCUCUCUUUAGACUGGUGAGGAAUACAGUACCUCUCAUUGAUCUGGUGCACAUCCAUUUCGUUUAGCGCCAACCUACUUGUGAUGUUCAAGGCAUCAGCAUGUAAAGGCUUAAUUAAUUCACAAGCAGCCACGCAGAACUGCAAUUUGGAUCAGUGCAGCUAGGAAGUAUUUAAAUCCUUAUCUCUGCAUUAUUUUCUUACUGAAAACUGCUACUUUGAAGUGGCUAUUCAACCCUGGAAGUAGUUUGCAACAAUCACACUUUUGUGGUUAAAUAGCAGCUGCAGGGGGAGUUUUUGGCAGGAAAAGAGCUUAGAGGCAAAGGGAUAUACUCCCUACCUCUGCACUGGAGUCUCCAUCUGACUCAAAGCCCCAUGUGGCUGCUACUAAUGAGUAAACCUAAGUCUGCAACUACACACUGAUGCAUUUAAUGUCACAUGUUGUUUGUCCUUAAGUUACAACCAGUUGACUGCAAUUCUUUGCUCAGUUAUACACAUCUUUUUUGUAGAAAUCAAUGAGCUAAAGCACAUCUGGUGCAGGCUUGCAAACAAUGACUGACAUGGUGAGGAAAAUAACUCAAAGUAAUCUCAUUGAAAUUAAAUGGACAAGUUAGGCAAAGUCUAACUUCUCCUUUUAAUUCCAAUGUGACUGCUUUGAGUAAUUUUCCUCAUCAUGUCAGCCAUUAAUUUGAAGAUUUCAUCCCAAAAAGCAUGUCAAGCUAUUUUUUUUUAAUGUCUAGAAAUGCUAACUAUUUUUCAGUACAAGCAGACAGAGUCGGAGUGUUUAGGCUCUGUGUGAUCAUUAAGUUUUUAACCUUUGCAAUCUACCAAUAUGCAUUUCUAUGUUGCUGCUCAGUGCCAGAUUUUUGCACAUUUGUCAUAUCAGUGAAUGUAUUUUUAAAAAGAACACAACUAUGCAAAUAUCUUGAAAAGAUUGCAUUCCUAUUACAUUCAAUGGCUUUAAAUAGUAUUUUAAAUAAAAAUAUUUAUUUUAGAGAGUCAGCAAAAUGUAAAUGAUUUACACAUUUUAUUUUGUUCAAAUAGAUUAUAUUUAAAUAUAUGAAAUGAAAUAAACAUUUUUUAAAUGUA